AAUAUGUAGUACUUCUGUGACGAUGUGUACAUUGUUACUUUUAAACCUGUAUUUGUUUAAGGGUUCAUCUUCACUUCAUCGGUUAAAUCGGUAUAAACUGAAUGGUUUUCCAAAAAAGAGUAUGCAGUGUUAGAGUGCAAAAUUAAUCUAUUUUUCCAGACAAAUUCAUCACCAUAACAAAAACAUUGUCUAGAUACAAAAAAGUCCAUCAGAUCCUGUUGUUGGUCUAAUGGGAGUAAUGAUAUACUAAUGAUAUACUGGCCCCUCCUUCAGCAAGCUAGAGCUACUGCCAAUUUGGCCUCCUAUCAGGUUUAUGCUCUACAAGCAUUCAAGCAACGAAAGGCUGACCUUCUCCCCUUGCUUCCAAUUAACAGAAGCUCUUCCUGAUGAACCUGGAUAACUCAAAUGGCUACCAGCCAGGGGCCCGGGCCCCAGAGAUGGAGCAGAAGGCCAACAAGCUUAUCUUAGGGUUCCAGCGCAGCUCAACUUCUGAUGACGACUCAGGCUGUGCCUUGGAGGAGUACGCCUGGGUCCCUCCCGGUUUACGGCCUGACCAGGUUCAGCUGUACUUUGCAUGCCUGCCAGAGGACAAGGUGCCAUAUGUGAACAGCCCUGGGGAGAAGUUCAGGAUAAAGCAGCUUCUAUACCAGCUGCCACCUCAUGAUAAUGAAAUCCGGUACUGUCAAUCGCUCAGUGAGGAGGAGAAGAAGGAGUUGCAGAUGUUCAGCUCUCAGCGCAAGAAGGAGGCGCUGGGACGAGGCACCCUCAAGUUAUUGCCACGGGCGCUCAUGCACACAAUCUGUGAACAUUGUGGGGAGAACAUCAGUGGAGGAGAGAUGGUGGUGUUUGCUUCCAGGGCAGGGCCUGGGCCUUGCUGGCACCCACUGUGUUUUGUAUGUGCCACCUGCAACGAGCUCCUGGUAGACCUCAUCUACUUUUACCACGACGGGAAGGUCCACUGUGGACGGCACCAUGCUGAGCUGUUGAAGCCUCGCUGCUCUGCCUGCGAUGAGAUUAUUUUUGCUGAUGAGUGCACGGAGGCGGAAGGCCGCCACUGGCACAUGAAACACUUCUGCUGCUUCGAGUGCGAUGUUGUACUGGGUGGACAGCGCUACAUCAUGAAAGAUGGUCGUCCCUAUUGCUGCGGCUGCUUUGAAUCCCUGUAUGCUGAGUACUGCGAGGCCUGCGGCGAACACAUUGGUGUGGACCAUGCCCAGAUGACUUACGAUGGCCUGCACUGGCACGCCACAGAUGCAUGCUUUUGCUGUGCCCAAUGCCAGACCUCUCUCUUAGGGUGCCCGUUCUUGCCCCGCCAGGGCAGGAUCUACUGCUCCAAGGCUUGCAGCCUCGGAGAAGAUGUGCAUGCCUCAGACUCAUCCGACUCAGCUUUCCAGUCAGCUAGGUCCCGUGAGUCCCGGAGGAGCGUGCGCAUGGGGCAGAGCAGCCGCUCAUCUGACCAGUGCCGCCAGUCACUGCUUUUUUCCCCAGCUGUCAACUACAAAUACCCUGGGCUGUCUGGCAAUGUCGAUGACACCUUGUCACAUAGACUGGAACACCUCCGCUUUGCAGAUGACCACUUCUGGAAGGACAGGGAAGAGCAGGAGGCACUGGAGGACCAUGAGGAGUGGGCAGAGCAUGAGGACUACAUGACACAGCUGCUCCUUAAGUUUGGAGGACGUGAUGGAUUCCAGACAACCGAAGACGCUGGGCCCACAGAACGCUGGAUGUCAGACACGGAGGUCAAAAUAUCCGAACCAAAAAUAGGCAACCGGAUUCAAAGCCUAGCCAGCAAAAAGUACCAGGCAGAUAUGUACUGGGCCCAGUCACAAGAUGGCCUCGGAGACUCGGCGUAUGGGAGUCACCCUGGACCUGCCAGCAGUCGGAAGAUGCAGGAGCUAGAGAUGGAACAUGGUGCGGCCGGCUUCAGGCGAGAUCAAAAAUCAUGGUACGAUGAUUCCCUGGAGUGCAUCAGUGAUGAGCUUAAGCAGCCAGAUCAGAGUGUUAGAGACUCCAUGGAUUCAUUAGCUCUCUCCAAUAUCACCGGAGCCUCCAUGGAUGGAGAUGGUAAAGAGAGACCACUGCCAUAUUCCUUAGAAAACUUCCAGGAGCUUGAGGUAGAAGAAUGUGAGAAGAUGAGCAACAUGGGAACUAUGAACUCUUCAGUGCUGCACCGGAGUGCAAAUUCUCUGAAGAGCUUAAUGUCUGAGGUGGCGAAUGGGGAAGAAGUGGAGGAGGAAGAGGACAAGACCAAUCUUGUACACAUGCCUAUGCUACGGAGAACCAGGUCUCAGUCCCGGCCUCAGCAGGUUAAGUUCUCAGAUGACAUUGUGGACAAUGGGGCAUACGAGGAACUGGAGGUACGGCAACCCCCAAUGAGUGAGCGAACCCGUCGACGUGUGUACCACUUUGAGGAAGCAGACAAUCACCACAGCCACCUUCGUCACCAUCAUCGGCACCGGCGAAGUCGAAAGUCCCGCUCGGACAACGCCCUUCACAUGGUCCCCAGAGAACAGGCCCAGAUAUGCUUUAGGCCAGAACCUCAGAGGCGCUUCCCAUCCUCCUGCACUCAGGACACUCGGGUCUUCUUGUCCGGUCGGGAGCUGUACAGGCCUCGGUCCCAGUCCCGAGCCCACACCACUUCAGAUUAUGCCCUGCAGAACCCUGCAGUGGACAGGUUUCUAGGGCUAUAUGGAGAUGAUGAUGAUGAUGAUGAUGACUGGUGCUCCACAUGCUCAUCAUCAUCCUCCGAAUCUGAGGAAGAGGGCUUCUUCUUGGGCCAACCUAUUCCGCAGGCAAGGCCACCAAGAUUCCAUUACUAUACAGACCUUCCCAGCCCCAUAUCAGCAUUACCUUCCUCUUACGGUCCUCGCUCGAAACAGAAAAAAAAGGGCCACAAAGGCAAGAACUGCAUCAUUUCAUAGCCUUCUCCAUAUGACCCUUCCUCUAAAUUGUGAUUGCUGACUGCCUUUAAUGCAUUUUACUUUACUUUAGUAAUUACUAAUGAUAAUUUAGUGACAGAGCUACGUUUCUGUACUUGUUGACACGAUUUGGUAAAUACGUUUACAGAAGUUGUUCUUUUUCCAUGUCGUCAUGUUUACGCUGAACUCUACUUGAAGGUAGAAAAUUCGCCGCAUUAAAAGGCCAUUUAAAGACAGAAUGACUUGCUCUCAGUGUGCAUAACAGUUUCUACAAUAGACUGUCCUCUAAGUUCUUAUUACCCCUGGUGUUCAGAUUAAAAAGCAAAAGCAUUAUUAUCAACCGGAAAACUAUUUAUAUAGGAGCAUUUAGAGACAAUUAUUUAACAGUGAAAAUCAUUUAUGUACAUAUGUAAAGUUAAGAUUUUAAAACUGAUAUUUUUAUAGCCCAAAGUUGAAUUUUUUUUUUUUUUUUUUUUUUUUUAAUCUUUGAGGAGACCUAGAGUACAGAGGUCAAAUUCAGUUGUUUAAGACCACAACUUCAGGCUACCUGGACACAAAAAAA